AAGAAAAGCUCCUCCCAUCCGUGAACAAACACCGCGAAGCGAGAGGGCAGAUGGAGGCAUAGCACUCUUACCUAGUUUCCUCCUCGACCCCCACCUCCGUCCUCUUCGAUCCCGUCCACCCCCCGCGCCCCGGCGCCCCUCCUCGCCGGCGGGCUUGCUGGGUCCCGCGCUCCUCCUCCCCCUCCUCGCCGGCUGUGCUGGCUGGGGCGGCGGCGGCGGCGGAGGGAACUCGGUAAGGCGGAGGGAAGGGGAGGUUUGAGGCAGAGCGCCAGAGCGGAGUGGCAGCGGCGAUGCCGUCGCACGCGGAUCUGGACCGUCAGAUCUCGCAGCUGCGGGAUUGCAAGUUCCUGCCGGAGGCGGAGGUCAAGGCGCUAUGCGAGCAGGCCAAGGCGAUCCUCAUGGAGGAGUGGAACGUGCAGCCCGUGCGCUGCCCCGUCACUGUCUGCGGCGACAUCCACGGCCAGUUCUACGACCUCAUCGAGCUCUUCCGCAUCGGCGGCAACGCGCCCGACACCAACUACCUCUUUAUGGGCGACUACGUCGACCGUGGCUACUACUCAGUGGAGACGGUGUCGUUGUUAGUGGCUUUAAAAGUACGUUAUAGAGACAGAAUCACAAUAUUGAGAGGAAAUCAUGAGAGCAGACAAAUAACUCAAGUGUAUGGCUUCUAUGAUGAAUGCUUGCGGAAAUAUGGAAAUGCAAAUGUGUGGAAGUACUUUACAGACUUGUUUGAUUAUUUGCCUCUCACAGCUCUUAUAGAAAACCAGAUCUUCUGCCUACAUGGUGGUCUGUCUCCAUCACUGGAUACAUUGGAUAAUAUCCGUGCUCUUGAUCGCAUACAAGAGGUUCCCCAUGAAGGACCUAUGUGUGAUCUUUUGUGGUCUGACCCGGAUGACCGAUGUGGGUGGGGAAUUUCACCAAGGGGUGCUGGAUACACAUUUGGCCAAGAUAUUGCACAACAAUUCAACCAUACAAAUGGGCUAAGUCUUAUUUCAAGGGCUCAUCAACUUGUAAUGGAAGGGUUCAAUUGGUGCCAGGAUAAGAACGUUGUGACUGUGUUCAGCGCGCCUAACUACUGCUACCGAUGUGGGAACAUGGCUGCCAUCCUUGAAAUUGGUGAGAACAUGGAUCAGAACUUCCUCCAAUUCGACCCAGCUCCGCGGCAAAUCGAGCCAGACAUGACGCGCAAGACCCCAGACUACUUUUUGUAAUAAGCAUGUUGGCUUCUUUUAACUUCUCUACCGCAGCGCCUGCGCCUGUAGAUCUCCUUAGAAAAUGUGUUCCCUCUAGCCGCUUUGUACCCCCCCUCAUUCUUUGGUGUGGAGAUUUUGUUGCCGCUUCUCAGAACAUAGAGGAUGUUGAAAGUACAUGGCAUUGGGUUUUCCUUUUUUUCCCCUCUUGUACCUCCAUUUUGUAUGAUUCAGAGACAAAAGAGAAGAGAAGCUGCAAUAGAAUUGUCUCGAAAUAUCUUCUGUUUUGCCCAGAAGAACAUAA